ACCCCAGCCGAGCGAAGGGUACGAAGGCCUGUUUGUCCUCGACGCGGCCGCUUUUUAAUUUCAUUUCUAAAAGCUAGGCCUCCCCAAAACGUCAAAGGCUUCACGGUGAAAUGCUCCGCUCCGCUUUGCUCAUGAUCUCAGCGGGUCUGCUGUAUUUGAGCUGCACGGAGGUGGGCAGCGCGGAGGCCAUGCACCACUGCGAGUCGUGUGGUACAGUGUGCAUCAACUUCUGCAACACACGCGACUUCCGGCCGUGCUGCAUAAACUACAUGCGUAAGCGCAGUCCGCAGCCGGUCGCCGCCACCUCCGAGGGCACCGAGCAACGGCUGUGGCCGCCUCACCGCUCGACCUGGCUCAGCCAGGACUACCUGGACCCUGACGCGCCGACGGACGUCUGAUCGGCGGCUCGCACUGUAGACACCUAAAUCAUCUGCGUUGUCACCUGAAUACUUUUUUGAGAGGCUGGAUUUCAAAAAUA